UUCCUCUUCAGGUACGUGCUGGAUUACCUGCGGGACAAGCAGCUGGCGCUGCCCGAGCACUUCCCGGAGAAGGAGCGGCUCCUCCGCGAGGCCGAGCACUUCCAGCUGGCCGAGCUGGCCCAGCUGCUCUCGCCCCGAGUGCCCAAGCAGGGCUCGCUCAACGACGAAGGCUGCCAGAGCGACCUGGAGGGAAGCGCCUCGCCCGGCAGCGCCGAGCACCUGGGGCCGCCUCCGCCGUCGUCGUCGGGGGCCGUCCGGGCCGGCGAGAGGCGGGCGGGCUUCCUCACCGUCGGCUACCGGGGCUCCUCGGCGGCGGGGCGCGACCACCAGGCGGACGCCAAGUUCCGACGGGUGGCCCGCAUCCUGGUGUGCGGCCGCAUCGCCCUGGCCAAGGAGAUCUUCGGCGAGACGCUGAACGAGAGCCGCGACCCGGACCGCCCGCCCGAGAAGUACACCUCCCGCUUCUACCUGAAGUACACCUACCUGGAGCAGGCCUUCGACCGCCUCGCCGAGGCCGGCUUCCACAUGGUGGCCUGCAACUCCUCCGCCGCCGCCGCCGCCGUCAACCAGUACCGGGAGGACAAGGUCUGGAGCAGCUACACCGAGUACAUCUUCUAUCGACCACCACAGAGAACGGUGUCUCCCAAACAAGAGCAUGAAGAUCACAAACACGAAAAGGUGACGGACAAAGGAAGCGAGAGCGGAACGUCCUGCAAUGAAUUGUCCACCUCCAGUUGCGAGAGCCAUUCCGAAGCGAGCACGCCUCAAGAGAAUGCGACUAGCGCUCAGCAGCCUACGAGCCACGAGUCCAAUACCCUGACAUUGGAUCGCCCAUCGAAGAAGGCUCCGGUUCAGAAAAUGCCCCCGCCAGAGAAACGUCGAAACAGCGAACUUUUCCAGACUCUGAUGAGUAAGUCCAGAGAAACAAACCUUUCCAAGAAAAAGGUCUCAGAGAAACUCAGCGUUGAAGAAGAGAUGAAAAAAUGUAUUCAGGAGUUUAAAAAGAUUCACAUCCCCGACGAUUUCCCAGAAAGGAAACGUCCAUGGCAAUCUGAACUGUUGCAAAAAUAUGGGCUAUAG